AUGUUAAAGUGUUUAUCAAGAAAACUAGAGAUAACCAACAGUCCUUAAAUAUAUAGAUUAAGUAAAGGAAGAUAUAAAGAAGAAGAAUUGAUAGAUGUAGGAGGAUACUCUUAAAUUUGGAAAUGUGAAGGAUUUGCAAUAAAAAGAAUGUUAAUAAAUUCCUAGGAAAUUUAUUUAAUGGCAAGAUAAGAAAUAAAUAUGAUGGUAUAGUUAUAAGAAUGAAUAAAAAGAAAAGAUUGCCUGAACACCCAAAUAUAGUGAAAUUGAUUGAUUAUGG